AUGUCCCAAAGAAGCUCUAUCGAUGGGCCAAGCGAAGAGAUGAGCUCUGAAAAGGCCAGUUCCUUCGACAAAAACGGCUCCAUCGAAAAAAACGGCUCCAUCACAGGAGAAGAGGCCGUCACCACCACAGAAGACAAGAAAUCCCGGCUGAAUGCGAAGGUGACCGUCGCCUCGGUCGAUUCUGUCGAAGAAUUCAGCAGUGUGGGCUCGAACUCAACGCUGCAGAAUUCUCGUGAAUACUAUCACACCAAAAGAACGUUGGAGGUGAGACAUGUCAACCUUAUUGCCAUUGGUGGCUCCAUUGGCACUGGUUUGUUCAUCACUAUCGGUUCGACUGGCUUAACAGAGGCUGGUCCUCUAGGCCUUUUGCUCGGGUAUCUUUUCUGGACAGCCAUCAUCUUGAUGUUGACGGUUUCCGUGGGCGAGAUGGUGUGCUACUUGCCCAUUGAUUCGCCCUUUUUGAACAUUUCCGGCCGUGUCGUGGACCCGGCUUUUGAGUGUGCUGCGUCCAUCAACUUUUGGUUGAUGCAGAGCUUGUACAUUCCGUUUGAAAUCACCGCCGUCAACGCAAUGUUCCACUACUGGAAAGACGGCUACUCGCCUGCUAUUGCCUUGUGUAUCCAGAUUGCCAUUUACGCUGCGCUCAACAUUUUCGUGGUCAAGGCAUAUGGAGAGUCUGAGUUUUGGCUUUCGCUUGGCAAGUUGAUCUUGUGUAUUUUGCUCUUGUUUUUCACUCUCAUCACCAUGUGUGGUGGUAAUCCAAGACACGAUGCUUUUGGUUUCCGCAACUGGAAGGCUGAAGGUGGACCCAUCGCAGAGUUUUUGACUACAGGAUCAUCUGGUCGUUUCCACGGAUUUAUGGCAGGCCUCUUUUCGGCAUGUUUCGUGGUUGUCUCGGCGGAAUACCUUAGUAUGACUGCCGGUGAAGCGAAAAACCCCAGAAAAACCAUGGCUCUGGCCUUCCGCACGGUUUUGGCCCGUUUGGUGGUGUUUUACAUUGGUGGUGCGCUUUCCGUCGGCAUUUUGAUCGCCUACAACGACCCCAACUACUUGAAGAGGGCAUCAGACUCAUCCGAUGCCGCUGCUUCGCCAUAUGUUGCUGCCAUGAACAACUUGGGCAUCAGUGUUCUUCCUGAUAUUGUCAAUGCUAUUUCCAUGACCUCGGCAUUCUCUGCUGGCAACUCUUACACUUACUGCUCGUCUCGGACCCUUUAUGCCCUUUCGCUUAAAGGCUUUGCUCCCAAGUUUUUCUCUCGCUGCACCAAGAAGGGUGUUCCAAUCUACUGUGUGUUUGUUGCUCUUGCGUUUGCAUUAGCAUCCUUGAUGCAGUUGGCCAGUACCGGAAACAAGGUUUUGAACUAUACUGUUUCGUUAUCAACAGGCUCUCAGGUUCUCAAUUAUGCUUUCAUGAGCACAACAUACUUGUUCUUUUACAGAGCAUGUAAGGCGCAGAACAUUAACAGGGACGGUUUCUCUUUCAAAUCGUUCGGGCAACCAUACACGUCAUAUGUGGCCACAUUCUUUUUGUGGCUCAUCACGUUGGUCUUGGGCUAUACGGUUUUUAUGCCUGGGCAUUGGUCUGUGGAUGCAUUUUUGUACAACUAUCUCAUGUUGUUCAUCGCUGUGGUAGCAUUUUUUGUCUACAAGUUUUGGAAGAAAACAACAUUCGUCAAACCCGAAGAGGCGGAUCUUCGGACGGGGCUCGAUGAAAUCGAGGAGCACGAGUACCAGCUUUAUGCGGAGAUAGAAUCAGGACAGAAAACCACACACGGGCUUCUUGACAAGAUUUUGAGCUGGAUUAUGUAA